GUCAUCAGUAGACGGUUAUGCGGUGCAGAAAUCAAGGAGAAACAGCGCUGACUGAGCCGGACUUUCAGAAGAGACAUAUCUCAUUCGUUUUAAGUUUUUUUCCCCUGCUUUUGUGACCUGGCAGAUGAUAAACGCUUCAUGUAAGAAGAUGGCAAGUGGAUCAGACUGUUGAUAGUUCCAGUGGGUCAUCGGUUUUGCUCUGGUCUGGUGUGUCGUUGUGGAAGAAGAGUCUGAGCCACAAGCUGAAGGUGUUUCAAACAGCGUAAUUUUGAGCAAGACAUUGUGUGUCAUCUCCUUCCACAGUCCGUCCUGCUGAGGAGCAGCUCGGGACAACUUGACAGCUUCCUGCUUGGGGCAAAGACAGCACCCCACCCCCCUGCCAAAAUGGUGCUGUCACAGAGGCAACGAGAUGAAUUAAAUCGAGCUAUAGCCGAUUAUCUUCGCUCAAAUGGCUAUGAAGAGGCUUAUUCUGUUUUUAAGAAGGAAGCAGAGUUCGAUAUGAAUGAGGAGUUGGAUAAGAAGUAUGCUGGCCUAUUGGAAAAGAAAUGGACUUCAGUCAUUAGAUUACAAAAAAAGGUUAUGGAAUUGGAAUCAAAGCUCAAUGAAGCCAAGGAAGAGAUCACUUUAGGAGGCCCCGUGAGCCAAAAGAGAGACCCCAAAGAGUGGAUCCCACGUCCGCCUGAGAAGUACGCCCUCAGCGGCCACAGAAACCCUGUCACACGAGUUAUUUUCCAUCCUGUGUUCAGCCUCAUGGUCUCCGCCUCAGAGGAUGCCACUAUAAAGGUUUGGGACUAUGAGGCUGGGGACUUUGAACGCACACUGAAGGGUCACACUGACUCCGUGCAGGACAUCUCCUUUGACCAGACUGGAAAGCUGCUGGCCUCCUGCUCUGCAGACAUGACCAUCAAACUCUGGGAUUUCCAGGGCUUUGAGUGCAUCAGGACCAUGCAUGGACAUGACCAUAAUGUGUCGUCAGUUGCCAUCAUGCCCAACGGUGAUCACAUAGUGUCUGCUUCCAGGGAUAAGACCAUCAAGAUGUGGGAGGUGGCCACUGGUUACUGUGUGAAGACAUUCACCGGGCACAGGGAGUGGGUGCGUAUGGUGCGGCCAAAUCAAGAUGGCACGCUGUUGGCCAGCUGCUCUAAUGACCAGACGGUGCGUGUGUGGGUGGUGGCCACCAAGGAGUGCAAGGCGGAGCUACGGGAGCAUGAGCAUGUGGUGGAGUGCAUCUCUUGGGCCCCUGAGAGCGCACACCCCACCAUAUCUGAAGCCACAGGCUCUGAGAACAAGAAGAGUGGUAAGCCCGGGCCAUUCCUUUUAUCCGGAUCAAGAGACAAGACCAUCAAAAUGUGGGACAUAAGUACUGGCAUGUGCCUUAUGACACUGGUUGGCCAUGAUAACUGGGUGCGUGGAGUGCUGUUCCAUCCGGGCGGGAGAUUUGUUGUUAGCUGUGCUGAUGAUAAGACCCUACGGAUCUGGGACUACAAGAACAAGCGCUGCAUGAAGACUCUGAGUGCCCAUGAACACUUUGUUACCUCUCUGGAUUUCCACAAGACUUCUCCUUACGUGGUGACAGGAAGUGUAGAUCAAACGGUUAAAGUGUGGGAAUGUCGCUGAUUGCCAUAGGAUCCGCCCCUCUCCUGAUGCCACUACUUUGGCCACUCCCACACCUGCCCUUCAGGAUGCACUCAUUACUAUGGUUACCAAUUCAUCCAGCUCUCUUCUUAUAACUAUUGUCCUUUUAUGUAAAUUACUCUGGAUGUAAUUUGAGCUUAUUAAAUGUUACACAAGACACUCACAAGGAGGAGAAAAAAAAGAAAUAAGUAAAAAGUAAUAAGUAUUCUUGCAUGGUAAAUCCAAAACUUGUAAACUGUACAUUUUUGCUUCUCGUCAUCUAAAAGUACCAUAAGAUUAAAGAGCACAGGUGAUGCUCCAGCCUCAAGCGUUUAUGAGCAGAAGGCAGAAUGAUGCUGUUUGGGGAAUUCAGAAUACAGGGAACUCAAAACAAUUUCAGUUCUUUCAAUUUAGGUUUAUUUUCUUUUGACAUCUGUCACAGUCUGCUUUACAGAAAGGAAAGCUAAAAAAAAAUGCUUAAGACCAACAGUUUAGUGCUAAAUGUAAUUUAACAACAAAAGUCUCACUGGAUGCUUUGUUUUGCCACUUGAAAA